ACUUUCACCUUUUUGGUCAAACACUCCAACCUCGGAAUGGAAUGGGGAAGGUUACUUCACUUCGGCAGGAUUCCAAGACUUUAAAACGGCUCAACAAAGUCUUUUGAGCCAAUAUAACCUAAUGAAGAAGAUUCUCAGUGGCUUUCCUUGUCCCGAGCACAAGAAAUAUAAAGAAAGGGCGAAAUAUUGGGAAGGCGUAAAAGAAAAUAUAGAAAUACGUGACCAGCAAUUAAAAUUAAAUCUACUUAAACAAAUAAGCAAAGUGCCCGCAUAUAAAGGUCAAACGGAUGAACAAGUUAAUUACGUGGUCAAUGACAUUAUCGAUGGCACCAAUAAUGAUGAGAACAUAAGUAAUGUGGGACGUACAAAAUCAAUAACAACUAUUACAGAAAUUGAAGCAACAGGAUACAAUAUUCAGAAAAAACGUGUUGGCAUUUAUAUAAUGCGUGUUCUAAAAGAUGGUGUUUAUCUAGGUACUGAGAUUGAUAACUUGAGAUACCGACAAUUUUUCAAAGGAUCGAUAAGUUGA